CUUAUCUUUUCGCCUCUACGGAACAUUUGAUUUCCCCAAUGUAGAGACAGAGAGACGAACACAGUUCACAUAGCGCACAGUCUGUAGAGAGAGAAAGCUCGAAUCUUUUCAAUUUCUACAGAAAGCCCGCUUCCGAAUUUGUCUGCAGGUGGCGAAAUCCAUUGUUGGGUCGAAUCAUGCCGUCGGGCGCGAAGAAAAGAAAGGCCCUGAAGAAGAAGAAGGAACGGGAACAGAUCGGAAUCAGUAAGGGAGACGACAACGGCGAUAAUCUUCAUGGGAAUGAUGACCCGGGAAGCCAUGACGAGAAGGAAAGUGAUGGCAAUUUGAGUUCCCCUGGUUCUCAAGGAAAUGAAGAAGCUGGAAAAAGAGAUCCACCUGCCUUCGAGAAGGACAUUGCGAAAGAGAAAGUCGAGAAUGCGGUAAUUGAUUCCAUCAAGCAUGUUGUUUCAGUAUCCGAGAUACCGAUCUCAACAAAAUCUGGCGAAGAAGAGAACCCGCUUCCUAUAACGGAAAAAGAUAAGGACGAUGACGUAUUUACACCUUCGGAACUUGCUGGAACGAGCGAAGAAGUCAAGAACACAGUCAUGGAAUCGGAAAUUCCAGAAUCUUCCGAGGAAAAGAGUCUUCUGGCUUCUGGUCCACCAGUUAGGAGAACCUCAUGGUUGAGUUGCUGUGGCUUGUUUGAAGCAAUGACAGGAUCUGAAAGAUAAACAGUACAGGAAGAACGCGAAGGAUGAAACAGUUGCAUCCAUGGCAGGAUCGGUCGACAGUGGAAGCUCCAAAGAAAGCUGCAGAAACAGGAUUACGGGUCGGUAUAUUCUUCUCUGUACAUUAUAUGUUUGGAUGGAUAGUGAUGAGGAAGUUCAGCAAUAUUCAGACAGGAACUCCAUCUUUUGCAACGGCUCUGUUCUUACAGCAUUUUUCUUACAUCUUAAAUCAAUUUUGCAGUAUUUUUCUUACA